CGCCCACUUCGCCCUGCUCGCGAGUUCUCCGAGUGAAGCCAGGCGGCGGCGAGCGGCGGCCAAGUGGAUUCCGAGGCGAAGUCAAGAUGACGGGCUCUAACGAGUUCAAGCUGAACCAGCCGCCCGAGGACGGCAUCUCCUCGGUGAAGUUCAGCCCCAACACCUCGCAGUUCCUGCUGGUGUCGUCGUGGGACACGUCGGUGCGCCUGUACGACGUGCCGGCCAACUCCAUGCGGCUCAAGUACCAGCACACGGGCGCCGUGCUCGACUGCGCCUUCUACGAUCCAACACACGCCUGGAGUGGGGGAUUAGAUCAUCAGUUGAAAAUGCAUGAUUUGAACACUGAUCAAGAAAACCUUGUUGGAACUCAUGAUGCGCCUAUCAGAUGUGUUGAGUACUGUCCGGAAGUAAAUGUGAUGGUUACUGGGAGUUGGGAUCAGACAGUUAAGUUGUGGGAUCCCAGAACUCCUUGUAAUGCUGGGACCUUUUCUCAGCCUGAAAAGGUGUACACCCUCUCGGUGUCCGGAGACAGGCUGAUCGUGGGCACUGCGGGCCGCCGAGUGCUGGUGUGGGACCUGCGGAACAUGGGCUACGUGCAGCAGCGCCGGGAGUCCAGCCUCAAGUACCAGACGCGCUGCAUACGGGCGUUCCCCAACAAGCAGGGCUACGUGCUGAGCUCCAUCGAGGGCCGAGUGGCGGUGGAGUACCUGGACCCCAGCCCCGAGGUGCAGAAGAGGAAGUACGCCUUCAAGUGCCACAGGCUGAAGGAGAGCAGCAUGGAGCAGGUGUACCCGGUGAACGCCGUCUCCUUCCACAGCGUCCACAACACCUUCGCCACAGGUGGUUCUGAUGGAUUUGUAAAUAUCUGGGAUCCCUUUAAUAAGAAGCGCCUGUGCCAGUUCCAUCGGUACCCCACCAGCAUCGCCUCCCUCGCCUUCAGCAACGACGGGACCACCCUCGCCAUCGCGUCGUCGUACAUGUACGAGAUGGACGACACGGAGCACCCCGAAGACGGGGUCUUCAUCCGCCAAGUGACAGAUGCAGAAACAAAACCCAAGUCCACCUGAUCGCCUGAGACAGUGGCUGUCUGUGGAAAGCUUGUUUCCUUCCCACGGACACAGUCCUCGUCCUGCAGGAUGCGCUGUGGGCACUGGACACGCCCCUUGCGUGUGGGUGUGUCCGGUUCCGACAGGCUGGUCUGUGCCCUCGUGCCCACUCGGGCUGCGGAGCUUGGUGUCCGGUGGGUCGGCGAAGAAGCGUUUUGUCCCGCGAGCCCAGUUGCUUCUCCGAGCGGCUUGAGUUCUUUCUGUAGAAUAACCCGGACCUGUAAUUUGCGUGCUGUUUAAUAAAGCAGAGUCAGAACCUUACAUGUUGGUGUUUCUAAUGCUGGUGACU